AUGAACGCCUAUUUUGUUCAAACUACCUUUAAGUCUUUAAGAAUCCUUCAUUUAAUAUUUACUGUAAUCUGUAUCAUCUUAGAACUUGUUGAGGCUGCCGCGUUUGCUCAAUUCGCUCCAAAUGAAGGUAUCCCAGUCUCCGCUUAUUUUUCAGGUCAAAUAUACCAAUACAACAAAGAUGGUACCCAAUACUAUUAUAAUGGUGUAAAAAUUUUUUCUUACAUCGUUAUACUUCUUACUCUUUUGGAUGCUGGUCUAGCAAACAUAUACCCAACAUUCCAAGGUUAUAGCUAUUCCUGUUCCUCCUCAUCUUCUUAUUCCGUUGCCCAAGAAUGUGUUUCCAAAUUAUUGUUUAUUGUCUUUGGUUGGAUAAUUGGCGUAUUAUUCGUCAUAACUUCAUUCUUAUCCUAUAAAUUGUGGUCUGAACGCCGUGAAAUGUAUGAUGGAGAAUGGAGAGUCGAAGCUCUUGGAGAAGUAGUAUACAAAUAUAAUCCGAAACCAAAUGUUGUUGUGGAAAAAGUUAAUGAACCAGAACAAGUUAUGAUUUAUAAGAUUGCUAAAAACGAUAAAGUGAGAGGGUCGCCGUCCCUUCAUGUUCAAUCGGCUGCUCCUAGAAGUUCUACCUCCGAUUAA